UCACGCCGGUCGCCGAUACAGCAUGUAUUCUUUUGAAGUUUUUUUUCAUUCAGACUAUCAAAAUCAAAUUGUGUACGAGACUAAUUAGUGCCCUUCCCUAGAUCAAACUGUCCUCACGAAUCACUCUCUCUGAAAUGAUUGGAAAGUUUUUAAAGCCAAGUGGUGGGGACUGCUUGUGGGAAGAAGACAAAACUGAUGUCGAUCAAACAAGUGGUACCGCUUUCGUCUUCAAUGCAAAUGUUUCAUUGUCUGUUGAUCAACAAAAGCAACGCUUGCCAAUUUUUGAGAGUAGAUUGCACAUCCUUUACUUACUUGAACAAUAUCAGGUCCUAGUUUUGGUUGGAGAAACUGGAUGUGGUAAAAGCACGCAAGUACCCCAGAUCUUGCAUGAAGCCGGCUGGUGUGAAAAUGGAAGAAUGGUUGGCAUCACCGAGCCAAGGAGAGUUGGUGCCACCUCACUUGCCAAACGUGUUGCCGAAGAAAUGCAUUCCCAUCUAGGUCAACUUGUAGGAUAUACAAUUCGCUUUGAUGAUGCCUCUGAUCCAUCAACCACCAAAAUAAAAUAUAUGACCGAAGGUAUUUUGCUUCGAGAAAUGAUGAGUGAUCCUCUUCUCAGAAAGUAUUCCGUGAUCAUGCUGGAUGAAGUGCACGAAAGGACUCUCCUCACAGACAUUCUUCUAGGAUUACUCAAAAAAAUUUUGAGAAAACGCAAAGAUUUAAAACUCAUUGUUGCAUCAGCCACCGUUGACGCAGAGGAAUUAAGAGAUUUCUUCAAUCAAAAUAAAAAGAAAAAAGAAAUGGCUUCAAUCAUAAGUAUUGAAGGUCGGUUGUACUCCAUCUCUGUUUUCUAUAGUAAAGAACCAGUACCAAACUAUGUGAAAGGAUGCGUGGAGACAGCUAUAAAAGUGCAUGAGCAUGAACUUCCCGGUGACAUUUUGAUUUUCCUUCCGGGAAAAGAAGAAGUUGAUACUGCCGUUGAAAUGUUAAGAGAACAUGGAAACCAAAUCAAGAGAAGUGACAAAAAGCUUUUAGUUCUUCCAUUGUAUGGUUCUUUGCCAAACUCUGAGCAGCUCAAAGUGUUCAGAUACACUCCACGUGGACUGCGGAAGAUAGUAGUUGCUACUAAUAUCGCUGAAACAUCGGUCACUAUUCCUGGUAUCGCCUACGUCAUCGAUUGUGGAUUCCAGAAAUUGAAAUGGUUCAAUCCUGAGUCGCAAACAGAUGCAUUGAUUACAGUACCAAUCUCACAAGCGUCCGCUGAUCAGCGAGCAGGGCGAUCUGGUAGAGAAAGACCAGGAAAAGUCUUCAGGUUGUAUACGGAGUCUGCCUACAGUGAGUUAAGUGAAGCUACUCCUCCUGAAAUGCAGCGGACAGAAUUGUCGUCUGCCAUUCUUCAGUUGAAAGCAUUAGGCAUCAGCAAUAUUUUGCGCUUUCCGUUUCCUUCGCCACCUCCAGCCAAAAACGUUCUAAGUGCCUUGGAACUCCUGUUUGCGUUAGGUGCAUUGGACGAAAGAGGAAAUCUAACAGAACCAACAGGCUUGCAAAUGGCAGAAUUCCCUCUGCCUCCACUCUAUUCAAAAGCUUUGCUUGUUUCAGGAGACAUGGGUUGUUCAGAAGAAAUGGCCAGCAUCAUAGCCCUCAUGCAGGUUCAGAAUAUCUUCACUAGACCUCAGGGUGGUGAAGCUUCAAUCAAAGCCAAAGUCGAAAAGCGAAAAUUUGAAGUCGAAGAAGGGGAUCUCCUCACGUAUCUAAAUACUUAUAACUCUUAUGUAAAGCAUUUAGAAGAUGAAAAAGAAUGGUGCCAUAAACGAUUUUUGAAUUACAAAGCAUUACGGCGGUCGACAGAAUUAAGGGAGAGAAUACUGAGAUUACUGAGAAAAAUGGAUGUGCCCAUUGUUUCCUGCAAAGGCAACUCAGUGAAAAUUUGUCGUUGCAUUGCUGCCAGUUUUUAUCCAAAUGCAGCAUAUCUUCAUCCCUCGGGUGUGUACCGUUCUGUGCGAGGACAACAAGAUUUUUACAUACAUCCUACUUCGGUCCUCUACAAUGUACAACAACCUCAAUGGAUUCUGUACUGUGAAUUGCUUCAUACGGACAAAAUCUACAUGAACGAGCUGACAGCUAUCGAUCCAGCCUGGCUUGAAGAACUUGCUCCACAUUUUUAUCACAAAACCUCCGUUGACUAUGGCUGAUCUAUUUCACUCACUGUAAGCAUGGUGGAAGAAUAUUUUCUGGAUGUCCAUAAAAACUGUUUAUAUGGAUUGCUAGGAUUGUCACUCACUUAAAGGUGUCAAGAUGACUGAACCAGUUCAUCAUUUUCCACAGGUCUGGUGUGUCAUUUUUAAUUGAUUGGUUCCUUUUAAUAGGAAACCAAUUCGUUGUAAAAACUGUCUAGACAAAAUUGGCUAGAAUAAUUAAUUGACUAAAAUUUAAGCUCAGAACCUUGUAGGCCCGCAAAUAAGUAGAGUCCUGUUGUUUCACCAUCUAAAUGUUCAAUAAGAUGCUGCAGCGGUAGCGUGUUGCUAUGUAAUUGACAAUUCGCUCAUUAAAGAGGGAUCUUUUAGUGCAUCUCUUUUGAUCGUUACAGGAGAUAGAUUGACACUGUUUGAUUGAAAAUUCAUGGAUGGUGAAAUGCCACUCCCUCACUGUCUCCGUUCUUUUUUCCAAUAUUUUAGGAAGAACUGCAAUAAAUUAUUUUCUUGCAAAACAAACGCUGCUGCAAGUUAGAAACAUGAAACUUGUGUGGAAGAUUCUUCAUUAGUAAUGGUUUGUUAGGAGGAGAUGAAGCAAAGAAGUCUGAAAAACAAACGGAAAUUUGUUAAGAAUUGAAUCAAUCAAAGAGACACAAGAAUUUUAGGCAAAUAAGAAGGGAAUAAUCAAACACAUAACAAAUAAAUAAAUAAAAUUAGAUGAUACGAAUCUACAAUAGAAUAAGGGUUGAGCAUUGACAAACCCGUCAAACCCCUCGCAAAUAUUUUACUAUACUCAGUUGGAAGGAGCUUCUCUCUAGACAUGGUGAGGGUUUUGCAGUAGCCUAAUUGGAUACUUGGGCUUUGUGUGAAUAAAGCUCCAUGUAACCUGUUGCGACAGCUGCCUGUUUUGAUGAUAGUAGUCUGAAGAGAAGAUAAUCGCAAUUAUUAUUAUGCCAGAAGUCCAGGUUUGUAGACUAAUAUGACUAAAGUUUUUUUGUCGCAGCGUUCUGAAAAACGCGUAUAUGUUGAAUUAUGUUGUGGUGAAAGGUUGGCUUUUCUUGAAAGUAUACCUAAGUUUCUGAAGGGCUUUUAGCAAAAUAAGAAAAAAAAAGUUUCACGGAGCACUGAAAGUGCACUGCUGAUUUUUACUAUCCAUGGGAUGUAGCAAUGAGGGAAAAGUAACUGAAAAUAUUACAGCUUGACUAUCUUAUCCUCUAGCUUAAUAGGUAACUUAAAUCUAAACCACUGACAAUCUAGCAGCGACGUGGGACUGGACCUCUGCUGUCCUUUCGCUUGCUCUUGAUAGGGAUCGCUCAAUGUCCCUGAUGAUCCGUCUCUGGACCCACGGGGCUAGCUCGGAAAACUUCGUGUCUGGCGUUGGCAGGCUGAGGUUGAGCUUGCAAAAAGUUGAGUCUCGCAUACAAGAACUCGCGUCGACGAGUAAGUGACCAGAUCGCAGCAAAUGUAUUCUGCUGGAGCGGUAACGGUGCAUUUCUCCUUGUUUCUGAGUUGAGCAUAGAUCAUAACCAACUUAAAACCCAUCAAGCAUACUGUUUAAAUUAACCAACUAACACCUAUCAAUACGAAAAUCAAUCCUGUCAAUCAUGUUGAUUUCGUGCAAAUCGACGGACAUAUUGAAUCUACCAUGUUCCCAAUGCUGAACUGCAUUUGUCCGAUAAUUCAAGACCUCACCAUUUUGGCCAGGCAAACGAAUAUCGAAGAGCUAGGAAAUACAGAGGCUUACCACAUAUUAUGGGACUAUGAACACGAAUAUACAGAUCCUGGCAGUGUAAGAGUAAAACUGUAUCUACAGGAAACUUAUUCGAAUCCUAGAAAUCGACGGGGAUUUUACGUGCGACGUGCCUUGAUCCAGAAAAUGUUUCAGUUCUUACUUCACCACGACGAUUAAAACUUUAUAAAAUGAGUUAGAGAUUUACCCUUUUAAAGCGUGUGGAGCAAGUUAAAAUUCUCAAAAGUCUAUGCCAGAAAUUUUCCAUAGUGUAAUGAAUAAGAGUUAGUUUUCGGCACAAGAGUUAGUUGAAAACUUAUCUUAUUCUCAUUGGUGAUGUGAUAUGAAUAUGAAUAAAAGUUCAACAAUAUUAACUGUUUCGGCACCAGCUGAUCUUUGUUAACGUAGGAUCAACAAACUACAAGAAAUGGAAUGGAAAUUAAAGAGACUAAAUUUUGAGAUGAAGUUUGUCACUGUAUUACUCUGAAAUUCAUAAGAAAGUUGCACAAAAUACGGAGAACAAGAGUAGAUGAAAAGUCGACAAAUUUUCUACACCACGAUGCCUUUUUAAGUGUUGAGAGUGAGAAACACUUGAUGAAAAGAAAUUAGAAUGGUCACUUGAGACUAAGAACUGAGAGAGAACAGAAAAUCACUAUGAGAGAGUGUAUGUUCCUAGGGUCUGAGAGAUGGAAAAAAGACCACUUGAGAAACACAGGUCUAAGGUCUGAGAGAUGGAAAAAGACUUCGAUUUAGGCGCAGCGCACGCUUAUAUAGACUUGCUGACAUCACAGGUGGCGAGACUAUAAGUGUAUGCGUGAUUGGCUGGCUAUAAUGUAUUAUUAUCAGUUGCAAGUCUAGUAAUAAAAGUAAUGAAGGUGAACUGAAUGAUAGGGUGUAAAGAAGAUUUGAGAUCGAAAAAUGAGCUUUUGUAAGACGGAAAAAUGGAUGUUAGAAAAAUAUUGGAAAGUGUUGACACAUUCAUGUGUUAAUUCCAGAUUUUUUAGCACACUUGCUGAAUCGAAAUGUUUUCACCGAAUUUUUAGCGUCAGCAAAAUGAAAUGACUAUCUUGUGUCAGCAUGUCAAUAGCUACAUAAUAAGAUUCUGUAUGUACUCUCUGAUAUUUUAUUUGUAAGUUAUAAAGUCAUUGUAACUUUUUCUCAUAUUUUACUUUAUUUUGACUGAUUGCUCAAAUUGCAUGCAUUGUUCUGGAAUAAAAUGUAUUUUCUACGAA